AUGUCUGAGCCCAACCCCAAGGCCUUCCCCCUCGCCGACGCUGCUCUCACCCAGCAGAUUCUGGACAUUGUCCAGCAGGCUACCCAUCUUCGACAGCUCAAGAAGGGAGCCAACGAGGCCACCAAGACCCUCAACCGUGGUAUCUCUGAGUUCAUCAUCAUGGCCGCCGACGCCGAGCCCAUCGAGAUUCUUCUCCAUCUCCCCCUCCUCUGUGAGGACAAGAACGUUCCCUACAUCUUCGUUCCUUCCAAGGUUGCCCUUGGCCGAGCCUGCGGUGUCUCUCGACCCGUUAUCUCCGCCUCUGUCACCUCCAACGAUGCUUCUCAGCUCAAGGACCAGAUCAUCCAGAUGAAGGACAAGAUCGAGCGACUUCUCAUUUAA